GCGUGUGAAAAUUUUCAAUGAAGCUUCUUCUGUAUUUAACAAGUUUUUUCCGAGUGUACCUACAAAGAAAAGGUCUCGACCAGAAGGUUUUUCUAAUGACCGCUCUGGUGAUCGCUUGGCUUUAGGGCCAGGUAUGGGCAAAAUGGGAAUUCAAGGUCAGACUCUGCCUGGUUGUUUUGAGCUUGACCAGCAGAAGCUGGAAGAACGACCUAAAAGUGGUGCAUUGAAUAAGCGGACACGUACUUCCAUGAUGGAUGUUCGAAGUAACGCUAUUGUUCGACAAUCAGCUGCUGUAGACAGGGAUAAAGACACAAUGAGGCUGGCAAAUCACAAUGCAGUUCAGGGUGAAGAUCGAUCUUCAAUUGGUAUUGAUGGUUGGGAAAAGACGAAAAUGAAGAAAAAACGAUCUGGCAUCAAAACAGAUGGUCCUUCUAGUUUGGCUUCAAAUAAAGCUGUUGAUGGUUACAGGGACUUGAAACAGGGUAUACCAAAAUCAGCUGGUGAUGCCCGAUCGAGAUUGAAUGGUGACUCAAACAUGUUAAGGCAUGGGGCAGUGAAUGGUGCUGUUCCAUAUGGGAGAUCUGAUAACCUCUCUCAGCAGACAGGCUUGGCAGCGCGUUCCUUGCUCUCCAGGGAUUCCGAUCACAAUUCAUUGUACAAUGAGAAGAGAGAACGAGCUGCUGGUUUAGAUAAGGAAAGGGUGAAUCUCAGGGCUGGGGAUGGUGUGAGGAGACAAGGAAGGACAGUCCGUGGCUUUGCUUCAACAAGGUCUGUCAACCCAAUGGGAGUGAUGAAACAUGGAACAGCAAAACAACUUCGCAGCGCAAGAAAUAGUUCUGACAAGAAUGAAAGCAGGGCAGGUCGUCCACCCACUAGGAAACUCUCUGACCGCAAGGCAUACAAACGUCAGAAAAAUACAGCGACAAAUGCUACAACACUAGAUUUUCUUGAUGAUGGGCAUGAAGAGCUACUAGCUGCUGUUAACUCGGCUAUAAACUUUGCUCAGAAUUUUCCAAGCUCGUUCUGGAAGCAAAUGGAGCGCUACUUUUGCUUUAUAUCUGAUGCACAUAUCAAUUUCGUGAAACAGCAGGGCGAACUCUCCCCCAUGGGUACCACACCUGGUGGGACAUCUUCAGAGUUUGAUAAUCGUGAAAUAUUUCCAGAGGAACUUGCAUCUAGCAACGUGGAUUCUAAAGCAGCCCCCCUUUAUCAUAGAUUGCUAUCAGCUCUAAUCUCAGAGGACUCAACCAGUGUGAAUGAAGAUUUACAAUUUGAUGGAUUUGGAGCCGAUGUUGAGUCAGAAUUCAGUGUUUUGAAUCAUAUGGUGGAGUUCAAUGGUUAUAGGAGUGAUAGACUGGAAUUUGAUGAGCUAGAAGAUGAUGUGUCUGUUAUCCCGCUCAAGGGUGUUAAUAGCUCAAGCCACCAUGUGAAUGGAAGAUUUUCAGAUCAUUUUUCCAUGGACUUCUCAGACAUUCAAUAUGAAAAUUUGGGGAUAGAUGAGAAAAUUUAUAUGGAAGCUCAAUCUAUUGGAAUUUGCUUGGAUCCUAUGCCUAGUAUAUCAAACGUGGAGGAUGAAGGAAUUGUUGAUGACAUCAAAACGUUAGAAGUGGCUAUCUGUGAGGUGGGUUCUAAGAAGAAAGAGAUGUUGAAUCGGCUACUAAAGCCUGCCCUAGAAAUGAAAGAACUUCAGGAGAAGGAGUUUGAGUGGCUCGGUUAUGAAAAACUCAUUGAAAUGGCAUAUGAAAAGAGCAAGGCAAGUCGGCGUCAUCACUCCGCAAGUGUAAAGAGUUCGGCUAACAAGAUAUCAAAGCAGGCCGCAUUUGCUUUUGUGAAAAGGACGCUUGAAAGAUGUCGUCAAUUCGAAGAGACAGGCAAAAGUUGCUUUAGUGAGUCCACAUUUAAGAAUAUCAUCAUAGCCGGGUUGACACAAAUUGAAGAUAAUUCCACGGACAAGGAAGAUAUUCUAUCAGCUACGACACCCAUGGGAUCGCAACCAAGCUCAGCACUGGUAUUGCCAAUGACGCAGAGCACGGAGAAUCAUGCCAAUUCUUCUGAAAAUGCCUUAUGGGAAGGCAAAGAUGAAACUAUGUGGUCAAAUAGAAUGAAGAAGAGGGAAUUGCUGCUUGAUGAUGUGGGUGGGGCACCACUUUCAAGCAGUACGAAAGGAAAGAGAAGUGAGAGGGACAGAGAUGGAAAAGGACAGGCUUCUUCGUCAAGAGGCGGGGGCACUAACAAGAUCGGUCGGCCUGCACUUGUAAAUGCCAAGGGUGAACGGAAAUCAAAAACAAAACCGAGGCAGAAAACAACAGCGAUAUUUUCUUCUUCUGUCAGUAUCGUGGAGCAAACCAGAACAUCAUUGCCCAAACCAACUAACAGCAACAACAGCGGGUAUAGUAACUUGGAGACACUGGAUGAGUCAGAGCCUCUUGACCUAUCUCACCUGCAGAUACCAGACGGUUUAGGUGGUCCAGAUGAUUUUGAUACACAAGCUGGAGAUCUAAGCUCAUGGUUGAACAUCGAUGACGAUGCAUUACCAGAUACUGAUGAUCUCCUUGGACUUCAAAUACCCAUGGAUGAUCUUUCAGACUUAAACAUGAUGGUAUAAGCUCCCUCUCUUUUAUUUCUGUAUAGUCUCGUUUGUUAUACCAUUAGCGAUGAAGAAAGAUAAAAGGCAAAGGGUAAAAAAGUUUUGGUCCCCUGAAAGAAUAACCCAAGUCACCAGAAUCGGUUAUUCGGGUUGGCUACACAGCAAACUAGGCAAUAUAGAUUCUGAUUCUCUUUCUUCAUCAUCUUCAUCUUUAGGGUUCUUUCUUUGUCUUUCUUAUAGUUCGAGUUAAGAGGGGUGGUGAAACUGUUUUUGUUUAUUGGUAACUGGGUGUUGGAUUUGGCUCCGGCUGUUAAGAUAGGUCCGGUAGUUAAAAACUUCAGGUGAGGAAAACGAGUGAUAGUAAUGUUGUGUAGUGAUAUAUAGUUAAGUUGGCAGGUCUUCUUUAUCUUCUUCGUCUAUUUUAAUCCUUUGGCGUUUUGUAGCUUUUUUAUAACCUCAGAACCGUUAUUAUUGCCUCUGUACAUACACAUUUUAUGUUCCUUAAUAAAAAUUUCAGCUUUUAGUG